AUGAUGGCGGACUACGACGACGACGACGCUGGUGGAGUCAUCCUGGAUGGCCCUUUUGAUCCUGACGCCCAAGCCACCGUCACCGACUUCAUCGAUUACACCGAAUACCUCCCUGCUGAUAUCAUCCGUUCCCUUACUCUCAUCCGCGGCUUGGACGAGCGCUAUCUGGAAGCCACUCAGGGCGUGCAUGAGCUCACCAAGACCUAUGGACAACUCCCCGAAUUACCUCCAGAUGGACGUCCUGAUGCGCGCAAUUUGCGCAAAGAUAUCUCCUCCCAACUCGACCGCGCAAUCAAUGCUCGCGAGUCCGCUUACGCGGAGGCCUGUCGUUUAUACGAUGUUGUCGAUCGCCACUUCAAUCGCUUAGACUGUAUCAAGCAGAAGCUCGAGGCACUUCCAAAGCCACCGCCCGCCGAACCCACUGCGCCGCAGACUGUUCCCGUCACUAAGCGUGGUCGACCAACGAAGAAAGGUGACGAUGUGGUAGCCACAACGCGCAUCACGCUACGCUUGGAUAGCCAUGACAACCCGAAAUCUGCAUCAUCUCUUAAAUCAAGAACACGACGGUCAGUCCUCUCAGCGGAGCACCUUGCCGGUCUACACCCCGACUCACCGAUUGCCAGCACCGAGCAUUCGGAUGUGGAGGAGCCCAAGGCUGUACCGUCAGAGUCGCCUGCUAAUCCGGCAGUCCCUCAAGGCCGGAAAGAGAAACAAGGCCGGCGAUCACGGACGUCGCUUGGCACUCAUACACAUAGCGGUGUAGCAAAUAUAUCAACGAGUAAUGCCCUGGCAAUGCUCAAACCUCCUCCUGAAGACGCAAAGCCGGGCAGCGAGGACAUGCCGUGGUUACGUCUGACAGAGUGGGAGAUGACCAAGCUGCGUAAGAAGAUGAAGAAAAACGCCGUGUGGCAGCCGAGUGAGGUGAUGAUACACCGCGAGCUAGCCCUUCGAGGCCGGGGAUGGGAGGCUUAUAGAGCUGCGAAAGCACAAGCGGAGGCUAACGGGUCCGAGUUCAUCGACUGUGAUGAUAUCAUGAACAACUAUAUCCCAGGAAAAUUAACCAAACGGAGUGAAGCAACCAAAGAUACGGAGGGUACAUUCGAGACAAAGUUGAGCAAUCGGGGUAUGAAACUGAACGAGGCGAAGAAACUCAAACGUGAAAAUCAAGCGCGGGAGCAAGCGGCUGCGGCUGCGGCCGAGGCAGAGUUGGCUGCCAAACGCCAGGGAUCGGCUGCUUCUCCCGUUAAGGCUUCGGCCCCCCACAGCGAUCAGGCCCAGGCUGGCAAACUAAGCAGAGCUGCGAAGAAAAGGAAAAUCGAUGAAAGUCCGGUCAUGGAUGCUACUACCACCUCUUUGGUAGGUGCCGAAACACGUACUGUGGUGCGAAGUCCGUCGAAACGCCGCAAGACAAGCGACACACCGAUGGAAUCGAGUGUCAGUGUCCCAAGUGCUUCAACUACCACUCCGUCAGCUAACGUACCCACGGCCGUUGCUGAAGUGACGCAAACGAAGCCCACCCCUCCACCAGCGUCUCCCGUUGCAUCUAAGCGUUCUGUUCCACCAUCUGGAGCUGUGGUCGCUCCACCUACCUUGGAGGGUACUACUACAACGCCUCCCGUAACCCGACCCCCUUCCAGGCGUCGCUCCGCUGCUGCGUCGGCCGAACCGGCUCCUUCUGUCGGGCUCAUCACGGCAGGAAGAGAGCUUCGGCGAAAGAGCGCUACCCCUGCACGCAAGACCCCAGUUCCAGAUGUUUCUCGAGCAGCUAGCUUGAGUGCACCUCGUCGCAGGAGGCGGCCCGCUCCAGGCCCCGUAUCAUCAGGACAAGACGGUGGUGCGGCAGUGAGCUACGGCCGCCGCAAAGCUAAACCCGGGAAAAAGCGGUUUCGCGAGAACGGUCCGAAGGACGGUGACAUCCGCAUUGAUGAAGACGGUGUACUAGAGGAAAUCGACCCUAAUGAGCCUCGCUAUUGCCUUUGUGGGGACGUAAGCUUCGGUACAAUGAUCUGUUGUGAGAACACUGACUGUGACAGGGAAUGGUUCCACCUUGACUGCGUCGGACUCUCUGAAGUUCCCAGUCGAACUGCUAAAUGGUACUGUCCGGAGUGUCGCGUGAGGUUCAACAAGGGGACCGAUGGAAUAGUCAAGAUCGGCCUUCGUCGGUAGCUUAUUCCAUUAUCAUGGUAUAUUUCUGAGAAGAUAGCACGCGAUCUACCACCUACUCCUCUUGAGUUCAUGAGACCACGACAUCGGAGCGUUAUUUGGGAAAUUUGUGCCUUGUACUGAUUAAUAUUGAUUGAUAGUUUCGCAGCAUGGCGAAGUGGUGGACGGCGGAGUUUGGAGUUGGCUUUCUUCAUUCUAACGCAUUAGUUGAGGCUGGGUGUCUUCACUUAUUGUGUUGCUCUCAUCUACGGAUGCCAAUUUGCAUUUGUCCUGUUACACUUGCGCUUCCCCAGAGAUAAUAUCUCCUGAACUGUUUACAGUCCUUCUUUUUUUUUUCUUUCUAUGUCUACAGACAGAUCUUCCAGUACGAAGAAUAUUUAACCU